GGGGGCUUCGGUCAGACGAAGCCGCCUGAUGCCCGUCUGAGGAGCGGUGGGGAAAGCGGUGGUUCCAUGGCUCCGGGCUGGCGGCUGGUGGCCGGGGGGUUCAGGAGGAACUGGUCCCCCCGUGACACCCCACCGCAAGGCUGUGACCUUCUCCUGCGGCGUCGGUACUGGCCCUGGCCCCGGCUGGAAGCAGCAGCCCGGACGGAGAGCCGAGGCGUGGAGCUGGUUUCUGUCACUGCAGGAAAGCGACCCCGCGGAAAGAGGAAUGACGGGGGGCUGGUGUCCAGGCAGCGUCUGGCCCACAAAGGGUUACGCAAGGCACCCUGGAGUGACACCACUGCCACCAGCCCAGGAGCUCAGCUCCUUCCUGGUCGGAUCCGAGGCGCGCCCAAAGUGCGAUUGAGGAAGGGGCCAGCGGCUGCAGAGAGGAGCCGGAGCCGGUCCGCGCCCCCGGCUGCCAGGCAGGGGCUGCCACGCCGGCCGGCUGCUGCGGUUGCCCUCCCUCGCUUGUAUUGGCGGGUUGCCACCAUGGAGGAGAUGGUGAUCUGGGAGCAGCACACGGUGACGCUGAGCAAGGACCCUCAACGGGGCUUUGGCUUUGCUGUCUCCGGAGGCCGGGACCGUCCCAACAAGAUGACUGGGGACACAGCGGUGUUCGUUUCAGACGUGGUGUCCGGGGGACCGGCGGCGGGCCGGCUCCAGAGGAAGGAUCACAUCGUGAUGGUGAACGGCCUUUCCAUGGAGAACGUCUUGUCCUCCUUUGCCAUCCAGACACUUAAAACCUGCGGCAAGAUCGCCAACAUCACACUGAAAAGGCAGAAGACGGUCCACCUCCCCGUGAGCAAGAGCAGCCCCGGGUCCCCCACUGCGCCCCGGCGCUAUGACUCGGACGAGGACUAUGGGUCACAAGGUGCGGAUCCAGCCCUGCGCCGCUCCCGGGAUGACCUGGACCACAGCCAGGGCUAUGACGGGGACUCAUCCAGCGAGAGGAGCUCUGGCCACCACCGGGAUGACCACCGCCACCACAAGCCAGUGUCCCGGAGCCGGAGGCGAAGCCAGGACAGCAGCCACUGGAGGCAGAGCCCUGGCAGUGGCUCAGAUCAGAGGGGCUACAGCCGGCUCCGCUCUGCCAGCGGCUUUGGCCACGAAGGGGACACCAACGGGCUGGCCCUGGUGUCAGGCUUCAAGCGUCUGCCGCGCCGGGAUGUGCCGAUGAAGCCCAUCACGUCAGUCCUGGUGAAGCAGAAGCAGAACGAAGAGUAUGGCCUGAAGCUGGGAAGUCAGCUCUUCAUCAAGCACAUAGUGGAGAGCGGGCUGGCGGCAAAGCACAGCUCCUUGCAGGAGGGAGACCUCAUCCUGAAGAUCAACGGGGUGGCCAGUCAGGACAUGUCCCUGGCUGACACUCAGCAGCUCAUUGAGCGGACGGAGGGGACCCUGACCUUGCUCAUCCUCCGGGACCACCGGCAGUUCCUGGUCAACAUCCCUGACAUAGAAGACAGCCAGAGUGACAGCUCCCGGAUGGAUGAUAUCUCCGACAUCGACUCUGAACUGUCCCAUCCGCCAUCCCCUGAGACCUCCCCGCGACCUCCAGCUGCUGCCAGGAUGAAUUCACCACCGGAGAGGAGACGAUCGAACACGGACCCCGCAGCCGACACAAUCAUUGACAAUGCUCAGGGCCCUGACCUGCUGGAAGCCGUGGAGGUGGAUGGCUGCCACAGCCCCCACGCCAGCCCCACUGCCCGAGCUGCCCGCAAGGACGGGUACAGCGCCGACUCCAGGGUCGUGCACUUUGUGAAGGCCAAGAGCAUCGGGCUACGGCUGGCUGGCGGGAACGACGUGGGCAUCUUUGUGUCGAGCGUGCAGGAGGGGAGCCCAGCCGACAGCCAGGGCAUCCAGGAAGGGGACCAGAUCCUGCAGGUGAACGACACCAGUUUCCAGAACCUGACCCGUGAGGAGGCUGUAGAGUAUCUCAUGAGCCUGCCGCCGGGCGAGGACAUCACUCUGUGGAUCCAGAGCAAGCAGGACAUUUACAGGAAGAUUCUCUCAUCCAAUAUGGGCGACUCAUUCUACAUCCGGACGCACUUUGACUUCGAGAAGGACACACCGUCAGGGCUCAGCUUUGUCCGUGGGGACGUCUUCCAUGUGCUGGACACCAUGUACCGGGGCAGGCUGGGGAGCUGGCUGGCUGUGCGCAUGGGCAGGGACCUGCAGGAACAGGACAAGGGCAUCAUUCCCAACCGGAGCAGGGCUGAGCAGAUUGCCAGCUUGGAGUCGGUGCUGAAAGCCACGUCCAGUGCCAACCCCUCCGGGGCACGGGCUGAGUUUUGGAAGCUGCGAGGCCUGCGGGGAGCCAAGAAGAUGCUGCGGAAGAGCCGGGAGGACCUGUCUGCGCUCACAAAGCAGGGCCACUACCCACCGUACGAGAGGGUGAUCCUGAAGGAAGCCAGCUUCAAGCGGCCAGUAGUGAUCCUGGGCCCCAUUGCAGACAUCGUCAUGCAGAAGCUGAGCACGGAGCUGCCCGAGCUGUUUGAGAUUGCCCUGAGCGUGCCCCGAGAUGGGGCGUCAUCCAAGGUCAUCAAGUUGGACUCAGUCCGGCAGAUCGCAGAAAAGGACAAGCAUGCCUUGUUGGACAUCACGCCCUCGGCCGUGGAGCGUCUCAACUAUGUGCAGUACUAUCCAGUGGUGGUGUUUUGUGAGCCUGAAAGCCGGCAGGCCAUCAAGGCCAUGCGCCAGUGGCUGGCACCCGGCUCCAAGAAGAGCUCCCGGCGCCUCUACGCCCAGGCCAGCAAGAUGAAGAAGUACUGCAGCCACCUCUUCACUGCCACUGUCAGCCUCAGCAGCAAUGCCUGGUAUGAGGCGAUCAAGGACAUCAUCAGGACGCAGCAGAGCCAGCCUGUUUGGACAGCAGCGGAGCAGGCAGAUGUGGCACUGGAGGACAGUCUGGACCUGCUGAACCCGCCGAGCGCAGUGGCCUCAGGCUACCUGACCUGUGACAGUCACGCCAACAGCGACUACGACGACACAGAUGGCGAGGCCGGUGCCUACACAGAUGGCGAGGCCGGUGCCUACACGGAUGGCGAGGCGGAGGACGUCUAUGACCAGCCCGGGCUGGCCCGCUCCUCCGAGCCAGCACAGAUAUCCCCAAGCCACAGCCUGAGCAAGCAGGUGACCGAGCAGGAGCGGCAGGGCCAGCGCUACGACAGCAUCAGGGAAUACGAGCAUGACGCUGUGAGGAAGAGGUUCACACGGGCCAGGGAUGACUCGGACCAGGACGAAGGCUACGAGUGGGGCCCAGCUACAGACGUGUAGUGGCACUGCUGGCCUCUAACUGGGCAGCUGGGCCCCUUGAGCCAGCCCUGCCGCAGCCCCACGCCACUGGGUCCGUGUGACAGUCCAGGUGGUGCCACACAGCACCCGGCAGCCAGGCUGGGUUGGGCCUAAUCCGGCUGUACCCUUCACCACCCAGCACCACCAAGUGCCUCCUUUCCCUUUUUGGCCACGGCCUCUGCUGCCAGAAUAAAAGGGAUGUUUUGAUCA